GGGGGGUGGUGUUGGGUGCUCCAGGAGGGCAGAGCUGAGGUGCCACACCCGAACUGGAGAGGAUGGCCCCGGAUACCAACCUGCCCGGCCGGUAGGGAAGCACCUGCCUCCCAGAAGCUCUCCGCUAAUCGAAGCGGGGAUUUCCUCGGCUCCUCCUGCUGGCCUUUGGGCGAAAGAGAAAGUGAAAGGGGAAGAGGAGGCUUGAAGACUGAGAAGAUCGCGGCGCGAUGAAGCCCCUAUCCCUGCUCCUCAUAGUGGCUUUGGGCCUGCAGACCGUGGUCGUAGCGGGGCGCGCGGUCAUCGAGUGCUGGUUCGUGGAGGAUGCGGGGGGCGGCCGCCUGGCCAAGAAGCCCGCGGCCCUGAUGGUGCACCAGGGCCCGGGGCCACUACCUCCUCGGCCCGACCUCGACCCCAAGCUCUACCUCAAGGUGCUCGAUCCCCCCAGCACCCUCCAGGCCGCCUUCAAGCGCUUCCCCCGGGACGCCCCGGCGCCGCACUGCGAGAUGAGCCGCUACGUCCUGCUCCCCGCCUCGGCGGAGUGGGCCGGCGGCCUGACCCCCGAGGAGAGCUGCCCCAGAGCCCUGGACGGCACUUGGUACAUGGUCAGCGUGUCCAGCCCGGUCGUCAGCCUCUCCAGCCUCCUGCUGUUGCAGCCCGAGCCUCAGCCGGAGCCCGUUCUCUUCACCGUGGCGACAGCUGUGCUGUCUGUCUUCACCAACACACCCUCCCCUCAAAUCCGACUGGGACGAGAUACACUGCUGGACUUGAGUUUUGCCUACACGCCCCCCACUUCCCAGGCUGCUACAGCUCCGGCCCCAGGCCCCCCUCCCUUUGGGCUGGAGUGGCGACGUCAGCACCUGGGUAAAGGGUACCUGCUCCUGGCUGCCACUCCUGGGCUGGAUGGACAGAUGCCAGCUGCCCAAGAGGGAGCAGUGGCAUUUGCAGCUUGGGAUGAUAAUGAGCCAUGGGGUCCAUGGACUGGAAAUGGGAGCCUCUGGCUACCUGCAGUGCGGCCCUCUCAGGAGGGCUCCUAUCUGGCCACUGUCCACCUGCCAUACCUGCAAGGGCAGGUCACCCUGGAGCUUGCUGUGCAGAAGCCACCCAAAGUAUCUCUGACACCAGCACCUCUUGUAUGGGCUGCCGCUGGGGAGGCCCCCCCAGAGUUGCUCUGCCUUGUGUCCCAUUUUUACCCCUCCAAGGGCCUCAAGGUGGAAUGGGAGCUCCACGGUGGCCCAGCAGGUGGCUAUCAAAAGGCUGAGGGGCGAAAGUGGCUCUCCGCGGUUCGCCACCACUCUGACGGCUCCAUCAGCCUCUCGGGGCACUUCCAGCCACCCCCAGUCACCGCUGAGCAGCACGGGGCACGCUAUGCCUGCCGUGUCUACCACCCAAGCCUGCCCGCUUUGGGGCGCAAAGCAGAGGUCACCCUGGAGGUAGCAGGUCUCUCUGGGCCCUCCCUAGAGGACGGAGUUGGCCUCUUCCUGUCUGCCUUUUUGCUCCUCGGGCUCUUCAAGGCACUGAGCUGGGUUGCUGCCUACCUGAAUACACCCAAGGAUUCAAAGGAGGAGAAGAAAACACAGUGAGGGCAUUCACCACCAUCCUGGGGAAACCACCGUUAUUUCUGGCCUCAGCUACUGUGGUAGCACCCUCAUCAACCAUCAUCUGUUCCUGCCCUCUCCAGUCUCUCCACAAGUGACUGGAAUACUUUUUUAUUGUUGUUGGCAUAUUUUUUUUUUAGAUAAAAAUCUAUGGCAUUCAUCUUCUUAGAGCUUCAGGGCAGUGGUUCUCAAAAUUUUUGGUCUCAGGAUCUCUUAAAAAUUAUCAAGGACUCUUAAAGAGCAUUUCUUAGGAGGGUUGUAACUACUUGUUCUAGCACUUAGAAAAAUUUGAAACAUGAAACUAGGGCCACCCUGGUGGUCAAGGGGUUAAGCACAGCACUGUGAAAGAGACACAGCCACUGCAGCAGGAGUUACCAGGGAGCUACCCAUAUGGCUCAGCGGACCUCUCCUUUCUCUCCUGCUGCUCCCCUCAGCAGUGUGUUUCAGUCAGUCUGCCUAUUCUGCUCCCCACUUUGUCUCUGGUGAAUCCUCUCACACCCCCACCCCCAUCUCAGGCCUGUACCCCAGUUCUUGUACACAGAAAUAAAUUAAAAAAAAAAAACAAAAACAUUGGGCUUCCCUGGUGGCACAGGCAGUUGAUCGCAGCGCUGUGCAGCUGUCCACAGCCUCUGCAGCACCGGUUUGAUCCCCACCGGCCUCGGAGCAACCCACAUGGUGAGCAGACCUCUCCUGUCUUGCCCUCUGCUCCCCUCAGCAGUGUGUUUGAUUGGCCUGCCUGUUCCGUUCCCGGCUCUGUCUCUGGUGAGUCCUCUCACCCUCCCGCGCAUCUGGACUGUACCCCCAGCUCUUGUAUAAAUAAAAUAAAUCUUUAAAAAAGACA